AUGGACCGUGCCCAGGGCACCAUCUAUCCCUCACGGGAGACACAGUGCCUUCGCAAUGCUGCAGAGGGGUUAUUCCAGGAUUGCCAGCAUGAAACUCUUGCACUCCUGGCAACAUCAACAACAGUCCCUGGACGGCAGAAAAAUUGGCACAUGUAUGAUCCUGAGUCUUUAAUUUCUGCACCUACUAAGGUCCCCUGUGGACCGGACAGAAAAGCAUGGAGAUCAAUAGGGAGCUCUUUAUCCGUGGACACCGCUGAUGGAGAGGAAGAGGUGCUUGAUGAAGAAUACACUUGGCUGGAUGAGGUAGUUGCAUCUGUGCAAGCUCAAGAUUCAGCCUUCGAGGUUGAGGCCGAAGUGGAUAUCCAUGCACCAAUUGUGACAAGGAUCUUGUCAGAUGAAUUCCAUAUUGAGGAUUGGGAGAAGGCAAGUGGGAAGGAACAACAACUGAUAUUCAAAGCAGCCGCCAGGGAGGCCAAGGUCUUGGCUCCAAAGAUGGACAAAGAGCUGUUGAAGGAAAGGAAAUAUAGAUACCGACAGUGGUUCCACAAUCACAAGAAGGUCCAGACCGAUUCCAAAGCACCCACCAAGCCAAAAGAAAUGGACGGCACGGAAGAAAUUGAGGAAGAGACUGGAGAGAAGCCUGCUCACAAGGAAGUACUGAGGAGGUAUCAGCCGACCAUGACAGCAAUCAUGUACCAGCUGGACAAAAAGGAGUUGCAGGAAGCUGAGGCAAAGGCUGAUAAGUGGACAAAUCAAGCCCCCAAUGCUGCUGUCCAGGCCAAGACAGCUAGGAAGAAGGGUGAAAAAAUGGUCAAGAACUUUGCCAAAGAAAUGUUUACUCAGGCCGGUAUGAGAGUCUUUGUUUUGGGUUCCUGGAAGGAUGAGAAGGGGGGGCUGCUUACAUCUGGGUUUGACUUCAAUGAGCAGCUUAUAUGGGAAGAUUUCAUUGGUGAUGCAUUUGGAACAUAUUGUGGAAAGCCCAAGGUCCCAGUGCCCUGGAGCAACAUCAUGAAGGGGCAGUUCAAAUUUAUCUCCAGCAUAUACCUACCUGAUGAUACCAAGAUCUUGGAGCCAUCCAAAAUGCUCCACACUGAUGCCAAUGCAAUCUUGGACUUUUGGUGGGACCGACAGGAAACCCAGGAUGAAUCUUAUGGCGAUGCUGAUGAUCUGAGUUCCACCAAGCGACCCUACAUCAGUUCAACUGAGGACAAAUCUGACAAGACCAAAGCAGGGGCAUCUCUGCCUGCAGUUGAACAACACCUGCAUGGCCGCACAAAUGCUGAAGACACUGACCGGUUUGAUGAUCGACCGGUGCCAAAAGCUUUGGCAAGCGCACCAGAGGUCAUGAAGACCAACCAUCAGUCUCCUCAAAUGCCAAUGCCAGCCAUAAACCUUGCCCCAAACCCUGCACGCUUGGUCCCGGACAUUGCCCUUGAUGGGCUUACCAUCAUUUGUGGACUUGUCUCCCUUCAACGCCCAUUCCUCAACCUGGAGCUCACCGUUGUUGAACCAUCCUUCAAACCUGGUGCUGGCAAGUCCUUUCUCCUCUCCCGCUUCGCAGACGACACCUACACUGAGAGUUAUAUCAGCACUAUUGUAUCAUUCAACAGUCCUGUCUCUGUCGCUAUGUUGAUCCUCGCACAAGGCAUGAUCACAUCGAACUUCAAACUGAGCAAUGGCACAACCAAAUCAACUGAUUGUGAUGGAAUGCCAAGCAUUGCAGAUGCUGCCCCAGCUGUUGAGGGUAGUGAUUGGCUGUCACUGACUGGUAUUGACCUCGUUGAUUUGUUUGUAUUGAGGCACAAUGCAAGGCGCUAUGCCAUCUUCAUAAUAUGCCAUAUCGACCCAUACCUAAAUUCUCAGUUCUCCAAUGCAUACAACAUUUAUCUUGAAAUUUUGCAUCACGUUGACCACCACUUGAAUGAAGCACUCCAUCGCAACACGCCCAAUUGGCGUCUACUCAAUGGAUGUCCAUGUUGUACUUACAAACUCAAAGAUGAGCCUCCGCUAGCACUUCAGUGGCUUGUCUCUAUUGAUGGCAACAACAGCCUCAAAAGAUGGGCAUCUUCAACAUAUGGUGUUACUCCACUGCAAGAUUCUCGAAAGCCUUGUUCUGACUACUGGGUUGAUCGCACAAGUGUUGAUAUAUUCAAGGAUGAAGUAACUGAGACAGUGGAGUCUGAGGGUACUUUCAAUUGCACACAGCAGUGGCGAAAUGCUGGGCCCAAGCAGCGCAAGAAAAUGUUUUCUGUUUUUGAUGAGUCUGGCAUCUUCAUUGCAGCAUGUUGGCAUUGGUUUGUACUUCUUGCUUGCGAUAUGGUGCAGAGUGGUGAACUCUUUGAUAAACCAGUUGCUAUCCAUUUUGGUACGAAUGGUGGAUGUGCUUACAAUAUUGGGUGUAUGUUCACAAAGACUCUAGCUAACAGCAGUGUUGGUCCCCUUGCCCCAAACCUCAAUUUGCGCAUGAUGGUUGGCACAUUUCACGAUUGGCACCCUAUGUACAUUGAAGGGACCGGACCGACCAAGGGUGAGGGAUGUGAACAUAUAUUUUCAUCUUCAAACCUUGCAUGGAGCACCAGACAUGUGUCUCCAUUUCAUCUCCAUCAAAUAAUCGAGGAGCAUUUCACCUUCUGGGACCAGGAUAAAUAUGCAGCGUUAAUGUUGAUAGGCAUCCUUUUACGAAAUCAUUACAGAGAAGCGCUAACUCUCAUACAUGAAGUCUCCACUGAAGUGUCGGCUGUUAAACAAGCUCUCAACCUGACUGAUGCUGACUUUGCUCAGUUCCAUACUGAUGAAAGAUCCUACCUCAAAUCUCUGAAAGAGCAGCCUCUCAAUGACAGACUUCAAAUUCGCUAUGUCAAGGUUCUUGAUGAUCUGGCUGAACAGCGGUUAGAAUGGGAGAAGGCCUAA